AUGAAGAGAUGGACUCACAGACACACGCGUCGGAGCCACUUUGUGGACAGCAAGACUGAUCUCCUCCAACACCAACCGGACUGUAACACUCCCCCCCCAGACCUACAUUGGGCACCAGACCUGCACAGACUUGCACACCUGGACCAAGCCCUGUACCGGGACUUCCACUCCCUGUGGGUGUCUCUCAUGGUCCUAAACUCCCUCAUGUUCGUGGCAGGCGUGGCCCUCAACAGCCUGGCGCUCCUGGUGUUCUGCCGCCACCCGCCCCCAAGCUCCGCCCCCGUGGUGUACACCAUCAACCUGGCGGUGGCCGACCUGCUGGUGGCGCUGUCGCUCCCGGCGCGCGUGGCCCUCUACCACAGCGAGGGCUCCUGCUGGCUCUGCUCCUACCUGCACUCCUUCAGCUAUUUCGUCAACAUGUACUGCAGCAUCCUCUUCCUCACCAGCAUCUGCGUGGACCGCUACCUGGCCGUCGCCAUGCCGAUGCGGUCGUCGCGUCGAUGGCGGAGCCCCGCCGUGGCGCGGGCGGUGAGCGGCGGGGUGUGGGCGCUGGCCGUGGUGGUGACGUACUCCCUCCAGAGCCCCGCGCUGGGCCCCACGUCCUGGUCCGUCCCCGCACUCUUCUCCCUGGCCGUGCUGGAGUUCCUGCUCCCCCUGGUGGUGAUGCUGGGGUGCACGCUCCGCGCAGCCUGGGUCCUGCUCAGCCACCCCCGUGGGAUGGUGCAGGGCCGGGGGAGGCGGGGCCGGGCGGUGAGGCUCCUGGUGGUGGUUCUGGUGGUGUUCACCGUGUGUUUCGGCCCCUUCCACGUACGCCAGACACUGGUCUACUUCCGGGUGUUGGGGGAGGGACCUGGGCAGGUGCUGGCCUAUCACGCGACGGUGACCCUGAGCAGCCUGAACAGCUGCCUGGACCCAGUGGUCUACUGCUUCGUCACGGACCGCUUCCGGGUAGCGAGUGUCGUCACUCUCAACCGCCUGUCUAAGAUGGACUAG